AUGGCUUGUCCCGAGGCUAUCUCGAAGGUUAACCAUAUUCUCAACAUCCCCAUCCUCAACCCACACUGUGAAGAUAAACGCAUCUGGGACUGGAACCCCUCUGGUUCUUACACUGUUCGAUCUGCAUAUAAAGCGUUUGAGGGAUUCCUCCUCCUCAAGUUCUCUUUAUUAACCAGGACAUCCUCCCUACUCGACCAAACCUUCAAAAAAAAGGCAUUAGCUGUCCCAGUACGUGUUUCAGAUGCGAUAUUGAUAUUGAAAACACCUGGCACACUUUCUUCAGCUGCCCAUCAGCCAAGCUAUGCUGGCAGGGAAUGCUGGGCUCCCCAAGACGUCGCAGAAUUUUCCCUGAUCCUUUGGAGCAUGUGGCAUAGUCGAAAUGCUUUGCACUGGAACAACACUCCUUGGAACCAGAACGAGAUCAUCCUUCGUGCCUCCUCCAUGCUUCAUGAUUGGGCCACCGCUAACAGAGCUACUUCGGCGCAGCACUCCAAACCCCCUCCUAAACAGCGCUGGUCUCCUCCUUCCCAAGGGUCUCUUAAGUGCAACAUCGCCACUUACUCCUUCCCGAUGGAAGGGCUUACUGGAAUUGGCAUCUGCAUUAGAGACCACCAAGGAGCCUUUAUUAGAGCUCGAACAACCACCAUCAAAGGCAGUAUGGAGCCCCACGUUGGUAAAGCCUUUGCUUUUCUCCAUGCUAUCAACUGGACCCACAAUCAGAACUUGGAGAAUAUUAUAUUCGAAACAGAUUGUAAACGCAUUCCCCCUUAUUUCUCCAAUCACCUUUCCGCAGACACAUCUGAAUUUGGUUGCCUCCUUGACCAAUGUAAGCCUUUUAUGGCAAAACCCUCAAACUCUCAUGUGAGUUUCUCCCCUAGAUCUGCCAAUAUUGUUGCUCAUAAGCUUGCUAAAGCAGCAAUAGACAGUGCAGGCUCUCCCUUCCUAUGCUAUGAGUGUCUUCAUGAUCCCACCCCGAACCAUUGA